CGUGCUGGCGUACGUCUUCACGGCUCUGUCUAUCGUGAGGGAACUCGUGCACGAGAAGGAGAGACGGUUGAAGGAAUCAAUGAAGAUGAUGGGAUUGGCAAAUUGGGUUCAUUGGUCCGCCUGGUUCACACGCUGUUUCCUCUUCCUCCUCAUCUCCGUUAUCAUCAUCACUCUCAUUUUCAAAUUUGGAAAUGUUCUGACUCAUAGCGAUAUGUCAUUGAUAUUUGUGUAUCUCCUCCUGUAUGUCAUCUGCAUUAUCUCGUUCUGUUUCUGCGUUAGCGUCUUCUUCAGACGCGCCGUGUGGGGUGCUGCUGCUGGUGGACUAGCAUGGCUGUUGACGUACGUCCCGUAUCAAUUCCUCUUUCAAAACUACAGCACGUUGUCUCUAUCAGAGAAGCUUGGACCGUCACUACUGAUCAACACAAACAUGGCGUUCGGUGCUCAGUUGUUAGGAUCGUUUGAAGGGAGUGGCGUCGGCCUCCGUUGGGAUAACAUCUACGAUCCGGCUACUGUUGAUGACGACCUCACGUUUUCAAUGGUCCUCGCUAUGUUUAUUGUCGACACGAUUUUUUAUUGGUUGGUGAUGUGGUACGUUGAGGCAGUCUUUCCAGGAGAAUAUGGCAUCCCUCAGAAAUUCUAUUUCCCUUUCCAGCCAUCGUAUUGGUUUGGUAAUCGACGGUCAUCUGGCAAACGUUUUGAGGAAACGUUUCCGUUACUUCAGGGUACGCAUAGUGGGCUUUUCGAACGGGAACCCGAGGGUUUACCAGCAGGCAUUCAGGUGAGGCAGAUACGCAAGGUGUUCAAUAGAGGAGCAACAAGCGAGAAGGUGGCCGUAGACGGCGUGUCUGUCAACAUGUUUGAUGGACAGAUAUUGGCUUUGUUGGGACAUAACGGAGCUGGGAAGACGACGCUAAUGUCGAUACUAACAGGUCUCUUUCCACCCACAUCUGGCACUGCAACUGUAAACGGUUGCAACAUUUCUACAAACAUUGCUGGAGUACGCGAGAGUCUCGGUCUCUGCCCACAGCAUAACGUUCUCUUCGACGCUCUGACUGUGUCCGAACAUCUUUGGUUCUUUGCACGACUGAAGGGAUGCAGCGGCAGUGACGUUAACAGAGAAGUAGAUCACAUGCUACAAGCACUGCAGAUUGAAGACAAAAAGGACUACAAGACUAAGACACUUUCAGGUGGCAUGAAACGUAAACUAUCAGUUGGAAUCGCUUUGGUUGCAGGAUCGAAGGUUGUGAUGUUGGAUGAGCCGACGUCUGGAAUGGAUCCGUCAGCGAGGAGAGCCACGUGGGAUCUGCUGUUUCAGCACAAACAGGGAAGGACGAUUUUGCUUACAACACAUCACAUGGAUGAGGCCGACCUUCUCGGUGAUCGAAUUGCCAUAAUGGCUCAAGGACAGAUUAGAUGCUGUGGGUCGUCAUUGUUUUUGAAGUCAAAUUACGGUGUGGGUUAUCACAUGGUUGUAGUAAGGGAACCUCAUUGUGACAUAAAAGCUCUAAACAAGGUCGUCUCAUCUCACAUUCCUACAGCAGAAAUAGAGUCUCAACAUGCCAGCGAACUCUCUUUCAUCUUACCUCGCAAUAUGGUCUCACAUUUCGAGGAACUCUUCACCGAACUGGAAACCAAACAGAAAGAGCUCGGAGUUGGAAGCUUCGGUGUUUCAGUGACAACCAUGGAAGAAGUAUUCCUCAAGGUGGGAGAGCAGUAUGACAUCACAGAUAGCAGCGAACAUACAUACGGCAGUGAGAGCACAAACAACACUCACAAUACCGAGUCUCACAUAACAUCGAAGGAUCCACCUCUAAUGAACGGGCAAAUGUCUGGAAGUUUGGUCGACAAUUUCACGACCAAGAAAUCUCAUUUGAACUCCGGAUUUCGUUUGAUGCUCCAGCAGUUUCAUGCAAUGUUUGUCAAACGUUUUUGUUACAGCAAACGCUACAAGGCGGCAAUCCUCACUCAACUGCUUCUUCCAAUAACUUGGACUCUCUUUGGUUUGAUUCUCGCCAAGACAGUUCCAGGUCCAGUGGACUCUCCACCUCGUCUUCUCUCUACCGAACAAUUCAAGAACACGUAUGCUCUCAUGCAUGUCAACACAUCGAGUGGGUCUGAUGCAUCUCUAGCCGCUCGUUUGUCGGACACUUAUUUUGACCAAUUUUCUGGGACUCAAACACAACCUGUGAAUGUGAGUGACAGCAAGGACAUUUCAGAAUACGCGCGGCAAACAGGAAAUAGACUCGGAUUUAGCUUCAAUAAUAAGUAUCUGAUUGCCGGCUCAUUUGAAUCGGAUGAGUUUGGGAACACGUCUACGACCGCUUGGUUUAAUAAUCAAGCAUUUCAUGCCGUUGAAGUUGCUCUCACAUUGAUUGACAAUGCAAUUAUGGGCGUUUACAGCAACGGUCAACAUACAAUUAACGUAACGAAUUAUCCAUUGCCAAGGACAGUACAGGAAAUAGCUGAUGAUCUCAGCACUAACACUAUUGGUUUCAAUGUUGCGAGCACUCUUAUAUUCGGAAUGGCUUUUCUAGCCUCCAGUUUUGUUCGGCCGGUUGUAGAGGAGAAAAGCAGCAAAGCAAAACACAUUCAGUUUGUCAGCGGUGUGAGCCCCUUUAGCUACUGGUUUUCCAGCUUUAUAUGGGACCUGAUCAACUACAGCAUCCCAUGCAUUGUUAUUCUCAUUCUUUUUGCUGCGUUUGAUAUACCAGCGUAUGUGGGUGGAUCUCGUCUCGCAAUUGUGAUUCUUCAGUUGUUUCUCUAUGGGUGGAGUAUCAUACCUUUCAUGUAUCUCUUGGCUUUUGCAUUCCAAAAGCCGUCAACAGCAUUUAUCUUGCUUACUCUGUUUAACAUUGUCACUGGCGAAGUUGCGAUACUCGUCAUCAGUAUACUGCAGUUUCCUCAACUCGGUCUUGCUAACAUAGCAAAGGGCCUCAAGUGGGCGUUUCUCUUUCUUCCAAACUAUUGUCUUGGUCAGAGUCUUAUUGAAAUUUAUGUAAAUUAUGGGGCAAUACAGACGUGUACAGCCAAUGAAGUUAACAGCGAGUUGUGUCGUCUUAAUGGGCUUGAUUAUCAAACUAACUAUCUGGCGUGGGGUGACGGUGGAGUCGGACGUUAUACAGUAUUUAUGGCUCUCGAGGGUGUAGUACUCAUGGCAAUUGUCUUGAUGAUUGAAGGACGUGUGUUCGAGUGUUUGUGGUAUGCUAUAAGAGGAAGGAAGUUACAACUGGGAGAUAUUGAUGUCACCGAGAUGGCCAAGGAUGGCGACGUUGUUAAGGAACGAGUACGUAUUCAAGAAUUGAUGGCUUCUGCUCCUGCACAAUUGGGCAGCAAUGACAUCAUUAUGAUCAACAAUUUGGGCAAAAUUUAUGGUGGAAUAGGAUGCUGUGAUGGGGAGCCUGUACAUGCUGUGAAUGGUGUCAGUCUGGGCAUUCAGGAAGCGGAGUGUUUUGGAUUGCUGGGAGUGAAUGGAGCUGGAAAGACAACUACGUUUGGUAUGUUGACUGGAGAUUUACUGGCUUCUUAUGGAACUGCAAUUAUGGACUCGUUUGACAUUAGAACAAAUAUGAACCAGGUUCGUCAAAGGAUUGGCUAUUGCCCUCAGUUUGAUUCUGUCAUAGAUCUUCUCACUGGACGCGAACUUCUCACUAUGUUUGCUCGCCUACGUGGCGUACCUGAAGAGAAAAUCCAGUCAAAAGUAGAAGGUCUUAUUCAAGCCCUUCUACUCACACAAUAUGCUGACAGACUGUGUGGUACAUACAGUGGUGGCAAUAAAAGGAAAUUGUGCACUGCUAUUUCACUGGUCGGCGAUCCUCCUAUUGUCUUUCUUGAUGAGCCAACAACAGGCAUGGAUCCUGCGGCUAGACGGCAACUUUGGGAUGUGUUGAACAACAUCAGGGCCGACGGUCGUUGCAUUGUCAUUACAUCACACAGCAUGGAGGAAUGUGAAGCUUUGUGCACGCGUCUUGCCAUCAUGGUGAACGGUCAGUUUCAGUGUCUGGGCAGUUUGCAGCAUCUGAAGAACAAGUUCGGUCAAGGGUACACACUCACAGCAAAAGUGGGCAGUCAGACGCAAGACACACAGCCGCUAAAGCAAUACAUUCAAGCAACAUUUCCCGACAGCAUUCUAAAGGAAGAACACCAAGCAAUGGUGACAUACCAAAUUCCUUCAGGAAUCUCGUGGGCGUAUGUAUUUGGUAGCAUAGAAAGAGCUAAAGAGCAGAUGAACAUCGAGGACUACUCAGUCACUCAGACGACACUCGAACAAGUUUUCCUGAAUUUCGCUCGUCACCAGAGAGAGGACAAACGACAAUCAGCUCUCCAACGACAUCAAAUGGUCAAGUUUCGUCAGUAUUUAUUGUUGGUAUGGAAAAACUUCGUUUUACAGAAACGUCGUCCUGUUUCAACUACUUUUGAGAUUAUUCUUCCAACUUUCUUUAUUCUCAUUCUUGCUCUUAUCAAAACGAAUCCUGCGCUGAAAGAGGAGAGGAAAUGUGUGGUGGGGAAGGAGAAUUGCAGUUGGAGAGAUUUCAAGCCGACAGAUGGGAUUGAUGUAAGGAUCGAUCAUCACCAGAUUAAUUUGAAUAAAUAUCCUGUGAUGUUGGAAAUUCCACCAAUUUCUAUUAGUAUACCAAACUUGGACAUCGAAUUUUUACCAAAAACGAUUGCUUAUACACCAAACACAACACUGACCCAAAGAAUAAUGACAAGAGCACAAGAAUAUCUGAAUACAGCUUCUGGUUUUUCGAUAAUCAAAUUAGAGGCAUUUGAUUCGGAGUCAGCGAUGGUUGACAGAUUGUUGAAAUCAGACAACAACGAGUCACUACAUAGACACAAUCAGUGGGACCUCCGUCAUUACUCUAACUACUUAGGAGGAAUUGUUUUUCAUUUUCCAUUGGAAUCGACACGUCUUCCUCCUAACAUCAAUUACGACGUUCGUUUGGAUUCUCGGCCACGUUUUUGUAUUUUAGAUCCGAAACAUAACAGCGGACUUGGCAUUAAUCCGGUUCUCGAUUGCACGUGGCUCACACAGUUGGCAUUUCCAAUGUAUUUGCUACAAGGACCUCGGGAUCGUCGAUUCGGAGAUGGUGGACAACCGGGUUACCAUCGAGAGGGAUUCUCGGCUGUACAAUGGGCUAUUGAUAAAUCUCUAGUCACCGAGAUUAGAUUCAAUCAUCAAGUGCCGAGUGACUACCCGACCGUUUCACUCAAACGUUUUCCAUACUUUGAGUAUAUUUAUGAUCGAUUUGUAUUUGCUCUUCAGUCGGGAUUGCCGGUGUUGUUGAUGUUGGCGUACGUGUUCACUGCUCUCACGAUCGUGAAGGAGCUCGUGCACGAGAAGGAGCGACGUCUGAAGGAGUCGAUGAAGAUGAUGGGCUUAGCGAAUUGGGUUCACUGGUCUGCAUGGUUUACACGCUGUUUUCUCUUUCUCUUCGUUUCUGUCAUCGUCAUCACGUUCAUCUUCAAACUCGGAAAUAUUCUGAAUCACAGCGACGUCUCUGUGAUAUUUGUUUACUUGUUGUUUUACAUUGUCUGCAUCGUUUCGUUCUGUUUCUGUGUCAGCGUCUUUUUCUCUCACGCCAUUUGGGGAGCCGCAGCAGCCGGAAUCAUCUGGUUUCUAACAUACGUGCCAUACUUCUUUCUCCUUCAGCGUUACACUUCCCUCAAUCUGGCAAGCAAAUUGUUGCCUUCUCUUUUGAUCAAUACGAACAUGGCGUUCGGUGCUCAGUUGAUUGGAGCGUUUGAAGGCAGCGGGAUUGGACUACAUUGGAACAACAUUUUUCAACCGGCAUCUCCAGAUGAUGAACUUACGUUUGCAAUGGUUCUCGCCAUGUUUGCAUUCGACACAAUUUUGUAUUUGCUUGUGACUUGGUACGUGGAGGCGGUCUUCCCUGGCGAGUACGGCAUGCCUAGAAAAUUUUACUUUCCCUUCCAGUCGUCAUACUGGUGUGGCAAUAAGACGUCAUUGUAUGAAGAAUUUGUUAGUGCCAGUGAGUCAACAGCAUUGCUUAACAAGGCAGGAAACGGUGAGUUUGAACAGGAACCAGAGGGACUCAUGACUGGCGUGAAGAUAAAGAGGAUUCACAAAGUGUUUAAUGAAGGAUCGACAAUGGAAAAGGUUGCCGUGGACAACGUGUCUCUCAAUGUGUUCGAAGGUCAGAUAUUAGCUCUGCUGGGACAAAACGGUGCAGGGAAGACAACACUGAUGUCGAUGCUUACUGGUCUCUUUCCACCCACAUCCGGUACUGCAACUGUAAACGGUUGCGAUGUUUCUACAAACAUUGCUGGAGUACGGGAGAGUCUUGGUCUCUGCCCGCAGCAUAACGUUCUCUUCGACACUUUGACUGUGUCCGAACAUCUUUGGUUCUUUGCACGACUGAAGGGAUGCAGUGGCAGUGACGUAAACAAAGAAGUAGAUCACAUGCUAGAGGCACUGCAGAUUGAAGACAAAAAGGACUGUAAGACAAAGAUUCUAUCAGGAGGCAUGAAACGUAAACUAUCAGUUGGAAUCGCUUUGGUUGCAGGAUCGAAGGUUGUGAUGUUGGACGAGCCGACGUCUGGAAUGGAUCCGUCAGCGAGGAGAGCCACGUGGGAUCUUCUGCUUCAGCACAAACAGGGAAGGACGAUUUUGCUUACAACACAUCACAUGGAUGAGGCCGACCUUCUCGGUGAUCGAAUUGCCAUAAUGGCUAGUGGUGACAUACGAUGCUGUGGGUCACCACUUUUUCUCAAGUCAAGAUACAGUGUCGGUUAUCACAUGGUGCUAGUGAAGGAUCUCAACUGCAACAGAAGGAGUGUAAACGAACUCAUCCAAUCUCACAUUCCGACAGCAGAAAUAGAAUCAGAACAUGCCGGAGAACUCUCCUACGUCUUGCCACGUGACAUGGCUUCACACUUCGAGCGACUCUUCACGGACCUGGAAACGAGACAGAGAGAACUCGGAGUCGCAAGCUUUGGCGUUUCGGUAACAACGAUGGAAGAAGUCUUUCUUAAAGUUGGACAACAGUUUGACACACACGACACAAUUCAAGCAUCUUACGGCAGCACAGACAGUCAACAACAAUCAAUAAACACGUCAGACAGUGAAACAGUUGGCUACAGUACGACUGACACUCUUCUUGAUGGCCAAUCUUCACGAGCUCGUCUAAAUACGGGAUUCCGUCUGGGUGCCCAACGAUUCUACGCCAUGUUUAUCAAGCGUGUUCUCUAUAGUAGACGAUACAAGAUCGCUAUUCUAUCACAACUUUUACUGCCAUUUGCAUUCACGCUUGUUGGUCUCAUCAUAUCAAAAACGGCACCAAGUCCAAGCGAUUCUCAACCACUCACACUCAACACCAAGCCGUACGACAACAAUUUUGCUGCUUUUUUUGUUCGUGAUGAAGGAAGGUCGACGGCUAGCAGUUUGUCUGCGUAUUAUGCUGGUCAGUUUUUUGACAGCGAGACUACUCCACAGAAUGUCUCAAGUGAAUCGAGUUUUACUCAUUUUCUGCAUCAGCAGUGGAACAGAAGUACGUUUGCGUUCAAUACGAAGUAUCUCGUUGGUGGAACGUUUGAAACUGAUAGCUCAGGGAGUACUACUGUAACCGGGUGGUUUAAUAAUCAAGCAUUUCAUGCUGUUGAGGUGGCACUCACGGCGGUUGACAAUGCGAUAAUGGGAUUUUAUAGCAACGGUAGCCAUACAAUCAAUGUGACCAAUUAUCCAUUGCCGAGGACUGUGCAGCAAUUAACUGAUGAUCUGAAUGUGCCUGUAGUUGGGUUCAUCAUUGCUUUCAAUAUUCUAUUCGGAAUGGCAUUUUUGGCAUCCAGUUUCUCUCGCCCUGUAGUCGAAGAGAAGAACAGCAAAGCCAAACAUGUUCAACUAGUCAGCGGUGUGACUCCAUUCAGCUACUGGAUGUCAAGCUUCCUCUGGGACAUGAUCAACUACUCCAUUUCCUGCGUGUUUGUCAUCAUUCUCAUCACAGCAUUUCAAAUUCCCGCGUAUGUAGGAGGUUUUCGUCUCGGCCUCAUCGUUUUGCAACUGUUUCUCUACGGUUGGAGUAUCAUUCCUCUCAUGUAUUUGCUAGGGUUUGCAUUCAGGAAGCCAUCAACGGCUUUCAUUCUGUUGACGUUGUUUAACAUCGUGACCGGCGAGACAGCAAUGAUAGUCACUCAAGUUUUGCAGUUGCCUCAACUUGGAUUACAGAGUAUUGGAAAGGCUAUGAAGUGGGUGUUCUACCUAUUGCCCAAUUACUGUUUGGGUCAGAGUCUGGUUGAUAUCUACAUCAAUUAUGAUGCACUACAGGCAUGUCUGUCUUCUAAUCUAACACAGGAGUUGUGUCGUACACAGAACGUCACGUUUCAGUCGAACUAUUUUGCUUGGGGAGAUGGAGGAAUCGGACGUUAUGCAACAUUCAUGGCCGUCGAAGGCAUCAUAUUUAUCAUGCUUGUUUUGCUUGUUGAGAGUCGUGGUCUUGAACAGAUUCUGUAUCUGUUAACAAGGGGAAUACGGUUUUCACCCGAUGAUUCAGACGUCGACGAGGACAACGACGUUGCCAUGGAACGCGCACGCAUUGAAGAACUCAUGACAAGUGAGGAGAAUCACAAGGAUAUUGUAGUUAUUAGCAGUUUGGGUAAGGUGUAUGGAGGCGCCGGAUGUUGUAGCACUCCUGUGCAUGCUGUGUGUGGCAUCAGUUUGGGGAUACAGAGAGGGGAGUGUUUUGGUCUGCUAGGAGUCAACGGAGCCGGAAAGACAACGACAUUCAAUGUGUUGACUGGAGAUCUGCUGGCAAGUUAUGGGAUAGCAAUCAUGGACUCGUUUGAUAUUAAGUCACAGAUGAGUCAGGUUCGUCAAAGAAUCGGUUACUGUCCUCAGUUUGAUGCUCUCAUUCCUCUACUAACAGGACGUGAGCUUCUCACAAUGUUUGCCCGUCUUCGUGGUGUACCAGAGCACAUCAUUCCUUCCCAAGUCGAACAUCUGAUUAGCACUCUAUUACUCACACAACAUGCAGACAGAUUGUGUGGCACAUACAGUGGUGGUAAUAAGAGGAAAUUGUCUACGGCUGUUGCUCUAGUUGGUGAUCCUCCCAUUGUCUUUCUCGACGAACCAUCGACAGGAAUGGAUCCUCAUGCGAGACGGCAGCUUUGGGAUGUAUUGAAUAACAUUAGAUCUGCUGGUAGAUGUAUUGUGAUUACGUCACACAGCAUGGAGGAAUGCGAAGCUUUAUGCACGCGUCUUGCCAUCAUGGUGAACGGUCAGUUCCAAUGUCUGGGCGGUUUGCAGCAUCUGAAGAACAAGUUCGGUCAAGGAUACACACUCACAGCAAAAGUGGGCAGACAGACGCAAGACACACAGCCGCUAAAGCAAUACAUUCAAGCAACAUUUCCCGACAGCAUUCUAAAGGAAGAACACCAAGCAAUGGUGACAUACCAAAUUCCCUCAGGAAUCUCGUGGGCGUAUGUAUUUGGUAGCAUAGAAAGAGCUAAAGAGCAGAUGGACAUCGAAGACUACUCAGUCACUCAGACGACACUCGAACAAGUUUUCCUAAAUUUCGCUCGUCACCAGAGAGAGGACAGACGACAACCACAAAUUCAAUGAACAAAUUUUUUCAUACAUGCUGAGUAGAUAGAAAGCUUUAAUUAAUUUCAUUACCAAACUGCAAGUGUAGUAUUUUAAUAGAUCAAUCACGUGAUUUGUCUUA